CUUGUCCCCAUUGCUUGUCCAUCGCAAUUUCUUGAUCAACUCGACCAUAAAGCCCAUUCGUCAUGUCUCCCUUACCUGAGGUGCUCUUCGAUGUGGCCAGGAACCCUAUUUUCGCCAUCGGCCUCCCCAUUGGGCUCGGUGCCAUCAGUGGGGUCAUAACCGGUCAGACAUCCCGUAGCAACUGGUUCACCACCAUGUCCCCUCCUCCUGGUAAUCCGCCCAAGGAAGUUUUCGGUCCAGUCUGGACUUUGCUUUAUGGAGCAAUGGGAUGGGCGUCGCAUUUGACCGUCGAGGCCUUCGACAGCGCCAUAACUCCCUCGGCUACUGCAGAAGCGGAUAAAGCUCUUCAGCUGUACUACGCUCAGCUGGCUUUGAACAUGGUCUGGACGCCUCUCUUCUUCGGAGCCAAGCAAAAAGAAGUUGCCCUUGGUAAUAUCUUGGCAUUGACGGGGACCGUUUUGGCUAUGACUGUCAAGAUGCACGGCCUCAACACGCCGUUCUCGACCACUUGGUUCCUGGCCCCGUACUGUGCUUGGCUUGGAUACGCCACCUAUCUCAAUGCAGGCUACGUGUGGUUCAACAGGGACCGACGCUGAUUAGUCUUUGGGGAAUGUUACCUUGAACAAGGAUUGAAGGUCGGCGGAUAGCCGGUCAUCGAUCAUGGACCAUCGGAGUAUCAGUGGGCUCAGAAAAGACAGGGAAGUGUGUAAGAAUAAAUGGUGACGGGAAACGCAGAGGAAUCGAGGAAUGUACAAAUGUAUGCGGUGUCUGUAGUU